UGUCUUCAAUUACAACGUUCAUGUUCAGAAAGUCUUCGGACUGUGCGUUUAGCAAAUCAAAUCUGUAAACGCGGAAUAAUAACACAAAAAAGGGUUCCAUUUUUUUUUGAAAAAAGCACUCCAUAAUGGAUAUCAAACAAUCCUUUGAUAAUCAGGAGAUAUUUGUUACCGGCGGAACAGGUUUUCUAGGCAAAUGUCUUAUUGAAAAGCUUUUGCGUGAUUGUUCAGGCAUAAAGAGAAUUUAUAUGCUGGUACGACCAAAAAAGGAUAAAACGGCUCAGGAUCGCUUGAACGAUUACAAAAAAGAAUUGAUUUUUGAACGUAUUCGACAGGAAAACCCUCAUGUAAUGGAUAAAUUAGUUCCCAUAGUUGGCAAUUGUCAAUAUUUAAAUCUGGGCAUUAGCAAGGAGGAUCUAGAGCGCCUGAAAACUGUCAACAUCAUAUUUCAUGAAGCUGCUAAUGUAAGAUUUGAUAAUGAUUUACGCAGUUCGAUAUUAAUGAAUACCAGAGGCACCUAUGAACUGGUUAAAAUCGCUCAUACAAUGAAGAAUUUAUUAGCUUUUGUCCAUGUCUCCACAGCCUAUGUAUAUCCCAAGGCAACAUAUAUUGAAGAGAAGAUUUACACAUUGCCAAAUGAUUGGAGGAAAGCCAUAAAAAUUGCCGAGACGUUUGAAGUUGACACAUUGGAAAUAUUGAAAAACAAAUACACCGACUUUUUCCCCAAUUCCUACUCGUUUAGUAAAAACCUGGCUGAACAGAUUAUAAGUGACCAUUCGGAUCAACUGCCGGUGUCUAUAUUAAGACCAGUAGUUGUAUCUCCCACAUAUUGCGAACCUGAACCAGGGUUCUUUGAUAAUUUAAACGGCCCCAUGGGACUUAUGGCCACACUUUCAUUGGGAAUCUCACAAAUGACAUUCUGCAAAGGAGAAUUAAAUUUAUCUCUAAUGCCAGUUGAUAUUAUUACAUCUUUGACCAUUAUAAAUGCUUCCAAGUGCACUAUGGAGACAUUGGAAAAGAAAAAGGUACCUCUCGUCAUAAGGAAUUUUGCACCCAGAAGCUUGUAUAAAUAUUCGCUACACCAAAGUGCCCUAAUAUCUGCACAAAAGACCGAUGCCAAUCCAUUCCAGCAUUGUGUGUGGACCCCCUCAACCCGGAUGACGGACAACAUGUAUUGGUAUCUGCUUUGGGUAUUUUUUGUCCAUAUACCAAUGGCAUGUAUAUAUGACUUGCUAUUGGUACUGUCCAACAGACAACCCAUGUUGCUGAAAACCACACGAAGGAUUCAUUACACCAGCAAGGCUGUGGGUGAAUUUGCCGUUAAAUACUAUGAUUUUUCCAACGAAGGCAUGUGGGAAUUGUACCAUUAUCAACAGAAGUAUGAUAAGAAAGGCAUAUUUCUAGCGGGUUACCCUACAUUCGAUUACCAUGCUGUUUUUGAAAGUAUUAAUCGUGGAUUUAAAAAGUUCAUCUUCAAAGAACCCAUUGAGGCUACACCGGCAACACGAUGGCGUUAUAAGACAUUUAAAAUAUUAAAUGAAUUGGUUAAAUUGACGUUGUUUAUUUUUUCGGCAAAAUUUGUUUGGAAAUUAAUUCAUUAAGUUGUAUUAUUAAAUUAUUUAAACGCCGACCGAAGCGACCGAAGUUCACAAAACAAAGUUUAAAAAGGAAAAGGGAGUUUAUAAAUUUCAAUAAAUAAAUUGUAUAUUAUGUAAAUUUAAAA